AUGACGACCUCUUACUGGUGGCACUGGGUUGGUGGUGGCCAGGUGACACCAUGGCUGCGACGACAAGAGGUGGAGUGGGUGUGGCAGGGAAUGGGGCGCGGGCGUGGCCGGCGAUGGGGUGUGGCGCGGUGGGAGAAGGGCGCGCAGCGGGCCAGAGUGGAGCUGGCAGAUGCGAUUUUGAAGAAAGAGGCAGAGCAGGAGUGCGGUGUUGGUGAAGGCUAA